GAAAAAUCGUAACAGAUAUGGCAAGGAGAAUCAAGAUAAUGUUACGAUCAAUGAUAAGCAAAAUGAUCUAACAGAACUUGAUACAGCUCCAAUUCAAUUAUCUGUAAAAGCAGCAGGAAAACGACCAGCAGCAAGUAGUGUGACAAUUGCUGAUGAUACAUCAUCACAACCGAUAAGGAUAGAUUCAAAACUCAAUCCGAAUAUUCAAUCUACUUUUAAUAAGUUAGUUGAAGAGCAAUUGGAACAACGCACAGUUAUUAAUACUUUACAAGAGGAAAUAAAAUGUAAAAUUUUAGAAAAUCAUAUGAUUUUACAAAAUAUUCUUAAGAUUUUAAUGGCGAAAGAUAUUAAGAAUAUGUGGUUGGAUGUACCAAUGACAAAGGCAUGUCACAAACUAUUUCAAGAAAAUAAAAACCCAUCAGAUUCUGAAAUUGAACAAGCCUUUAAAUUACAAAUUCAAAAUGACUAUUCUCAAAAGAUGCAAGAGCUUGUCAAUUCAAAUGGAUGGGAUGAUUUAUGGAAUGCUGCAUAUUCCGUU